AUGGCGUUCCCUUUCCGUCCUUCUUCGGUCGGAUGGGGCCUCGCCGAUCAUCGAUCGUCCCACUCCCGCGUUUUUGCUCCUCUCCCUCUCUCCUUAAGCUUCCUUCCUCCCACCGCAGCUUGCACCCAGCGCAAUGCCAUGCUACGAGUAGGCCACCCACCACACACACUCGUUCGCCUCCCCCUCCUUUCACUCUUGCUGUCGUUUUUCAAGUUCCCGCCGUCUGUCUCCGCAGCAGUUUCCACCACCACCGUCGACGACACCUCGUCGCAAUGGACGUUCACCGGCGAGUGGACCGCCGUCUCACCAGAGAAACCAUGCGAUGGGUGUGCGUCGAAGCCUGACAUAAGCCAGGUCGAGGGCGGGACGUUCCACGACGGGAACUACAUGCGGGGCAGCGCCGAGAAAACCGGCGGGAGCCUCUCCUUCUCGGGUUCGGCGGUGUCCAUCUACGGCAUCGCGCAGGACACCUCCAUGCCCGACAUCGUCUUCACGCUCGACUCUUCCCCCUCCUCAACAUUCUGGUACGCCGGCAGCGAGCGGUUCUUGUACCGUACACUGUUCUUCGCUGCCUCUGGACUGACCAAUGGCCCGCACACGGUGUCGUGGGUGUUCAAUACGCAUGCGGGCAGCCCCCGGGACUUGCAGGCGGCGCUAUUCGACUACGCAGUAGUUACCGCCGGGACCGCCGAUCCGGCGCCCGGACCGGGACCGGGACCCGCGCCCGCGCCACAGGGCGUUGGCAGCACAGGAGAGUCAAAGUUGCCGUCGAGCGGUACCGGUGCGACGACUUCUGUGCCCCUGACAGGGUCUGGACCGCAUUCACUGUCUUCCUCACCGCCCAGCACCCACUCCACCCCGGCUGGCAGCGCGGCGGGCGCCAUUGUCUCUUCCGGAGCGACUACUAACACUGUGUCCAACUCCAAUUCACCCAGUACCAACUCCGGGGCCUCUGGGGCUCCUGCAGCCGCCCCGCCCAAGUCUGCGUCGCACAUUGCUGCCAUCCUCGGCGCCGUGUUUGGCACACUCGGGGCCGCGAUCAUCGUUGGCCUGGCUCUUUGCCUGCACAGACGGAGGGGCCGCCAGCGACGGCGACACAGCCUCCUUGUUGCGCGGCCGGUCACGGACUACAAGCCCGACGGACCGAUGGGGGUGGAAGAGGCUAUCGAGAUGAGCGGUGGCGGGUCACGGGGCCGCGUCAGGCGCACGCUGCUCGUGCAUCCGUUUGUGGAGACGGACGUGGAGACAGGCGUGUCGGCGGAGCAGCUCUCGAAAGCGCGGGAAGCGGGGUACGGCGCCUCGCCCACCGGUACCGCGACGGCGUCGACGGCCCGGCUGCUCCCGGGUCUGCACACCCAAACAGAAACACACCCGUCUCCAUUGUCGCCCGACACGCCGAGCACGGGCACGCCAACGUCCGCGGUGACCGCGCGCGAGCGGCUGCUCGAGGCGCGGCUCGCACAGCUCGAGGCGACGCUCGCCGGGGCCGCCGCCGCCGCCGUACAUCGCGGAUUCGGAGGGAGAGGCGGACCGGUGACGCGGACGUUUACCUAUUUAUGCUAG